AGGGCGGCUCUGAGGAGACCUCGGCGGCGGCGGAGGAGGAGAGAAGCGCAGCGCCGUGCCGCGCCGGGGCCCAUGUGGGGAGGAGUCGGAGUCGCUGUUGCCGCCGCCGCCGCCGCCGCCAGUAACUGCUGGACCGGAGUGGGAGUGAGGGGGAAACGGCAGGAUGAAGUUCGCCGAGCACCUCUCCGCGCACAUCACUCCCGAGUGGAGGAAGCAAUACAUCCAGUAUGAGGCUUUCAAGGAUAUGCUGUAUUCAGCUCAGGAUCAGGCACCUUCUGUGGAGGUUACAGAUGAGGACACAGUAAAGAGGUAUUUUGCCAAGUUUGAAGAAAAAUUUUUCCAAACCUGUGAAAAAGAACUUGCCAAAAUCAACACAUUUUAUUCAGAAAAGCUUGCAGAGGCUCAGCGCAGGUUUGCUACACUUCAGAAUGAGCUUCAGUCAUCACUGGAUGCACAGAAAGAGAGCACUGGCUCUACACUGCGACAACGCAGAAAGCCGGUCUUCCACUUGUCCCACGAGGAACGUGUCCAACAUAGGAAUAUUAAAGACCUUAAACUGGCCUUCAGCGAGUUCUACCUCAGUCUUAUCCUGCUGCAGAACUAUCAGAAUCUGAAUUUUACAGGGUUUCGAAAAAUCCUCAAAAAGCAUGACAAGAUCCUGGAAACAUCUCGUGGAGCAGAUUGGCGAGUGGCUCAUGUAGAAGUGGCGCCUUUUUAUACGUGCAAGAAAAUCAACCAGCUCAUCUCUGAAACUGAGGCUGUAGUGACUAAUGAACUUGAAGAUGGUGACAGACAAAAAGCUAUGAAACGUUUACGUGUUCCCCCUUUGGGAGCUGCUCAGCCUGCACCAGCAUGGACUACUUUUAGAGUUGGGCUAUUUUGUGGAAUAUUCAUCGUACUGAAUAUUACCCUUGUGCUUGCCGCUGUAUUUAAACUUGAAACAGAUAGAAAUAUAUGGCCCUUGAUAAGAAUCUAUCGGGGUGGCUUUCUUCUGAUUGAAUUCCUUUUUCUACUGGGCAUCAACACAUAUGGUUGGAGACAGGCUGGAGUGAAUCAUGUGCUCAUCUUUGAACUUAAUCCAAGAAGCAAUUUGUCUCAUCAACAUCUUUUUGAGAUUGCUGGAUUCCUCGGGAUACUGUGGUGCCUGAGCCUUCUGGCAUGCUUCUUUGCUCCGCUUAGUGUCAUCCCCACAUAUGUGUAUCCACUUGUCCUUUAUGGAUUUAUGUUUUUCUUUCUUAUCAACCCCACCAAAACUUUCUAUUACAAAUCCCGGUUUUGGCUGCUUAAACUGCUGUUUCGAGUAUUUACAGCCCCCUUCCAUAAGGUAGGCUUUGCUGAUUUCUGGCUGGCCGAUCAGCUGAACAGCCUGUCAGUGAUAUUGAUGGACCUGGAAUAUAUGAUCUGCUUCUACAGUUUUGAGCUCAGAUGGGAUGAAAGUGGGGGCCUGUUGCCAAAUAAUUCAGAAGAACCAGAAAUAUGCCACAAAUAUUCAUAUGGUGUACGGGCCAUUGUUCAGUGCAUUCCUGCUUGGCUUCGCUUCAUCCAGUGCCUGCGCCGAUACCGAGACACAAAAAGGGCCUUUCCUCAUUUAGUUAAUGCUGGGAAAUACUCAACAACUUUCUUCACGGUGACGUUUGCAGCCCUUUACAGCACUCACAAAGAACGAGGUCACUCAGACACCAUGGUAUUCUUUUAUCUUUGGAUUGUGUUUUGUGUCAUCAGUUCCUGCUAUACCCUCAUCUGGGAUCUGAAGAUGGACUGGGGUCUCUUUGAUAAGAAUGCUGGAGAAAACACCUUUCUCCGGGAAGAGAUUGUAUACCCCCAAAAAGCCUAUUACUACUGUGCCAUCAUAGAGGAUGUGAUCCUGCGCUUUGCUUGGACUAUCCAAAUCUCAAUCACCUCCAUGACAUUGUUGCCUCAUUCUGGGGACAUCAUUGCUACUGUGUGUGCUCCCCUCGAAGUUUUCCGGCGAUUUGUGUGGAAUUUCUUCCGCCUGGAGAAUGAACAUCUGAAUAACUGUGGUGAAUUCCGUGCCGUGCGGGACAUUUCUGUGGCUCCUCUGAAUGCAGAUGACCAGACACUUCUAGAACAGAUGAUGGACCAGGAUGAUGGGGUACGAAACCGCCAGAAAAACCGUCCAUGGAAGUACAGCCAGAGCAUAUCCCUGCGCCGGCCUCGUCUCGCUUCUCAGUCCAAGGCUCGUGACACUAAGGUAUUGAUAGAAGACACAGAUGAUGAAGCUAACACUUGAAGCCUCUGGUCUAGUUUAACAUCUUUGGUUUUCCUACUCUACAAGUCUUUCUUCGACCAACGCAGCCUCUAGUACCUUUCCAGCCGAAAACAGGAGACGACACAUGACACAUUUUCCGAGCUCUUCCAGAUCGGAUCCUAUGGACUCCAAACAAGCUCACUGUGUUUCUUUUCUUUUCUUCUGGUUUAAUUUUCAUUUUCUAUUUUUAAAACAAAUAUUUACUUCAUUUUGCCAAUCAGAGGACAUUUUAAGGAACAAAAACAUAGUAUCUUAUGGAUUGUUUACAAUCACAAGGACACAGAUACCUAUCAGGAUGAAGAACAGGCAUUGCAAGGACCCUCUGAUGGGACGGUACCGAGAUACCUCGGCUUCCGCUUGGCCCGGUUUUGACUGGUUGAAACCGGACAUUGGUUUUUAAAUUUUUUGUCAGUUUAUGUGGAGAAUUUUUCCUUUCCUUCAUACCCAGCGCAAAAGCACUGGCCGCACUUGCAGGGAAAGUGCAACUUAGAGCAGUACCUUCAUUCACGAAGCUACUUUUUAAUUUGAUGUAACUUUUCUUAUUUUGGGGAGGGUUGCUGGGUGGGUGGGAAAUAUGAUGUAUUUGUUGCAUAUAGUUUUCUCAUUAUUUAUGAAACUUAACCAUAAGAAUGAUAUAACUCCUGUGCAAUGAAGGUGGUAACAGUGAAAGAAGACGGGAAACUAAUGUUGGACCGCAUUUGAAGAUUAAGUCCACAGUACCUCUUUCGUGAGACAACUUGCACCAGUUUGACUUUCACUUUUCUUUUUUUUUUUUUUUUAAUUUUAAGCCAAAGCUUUAUUACUAAUUUUUUUAAGUUGCUGCUGCUUUAGAAUCCUGAGCAUGUCUCUCAUAACAAAGCAUCUAUCUACUUCCACACAACUGGUUGAAAUUUUUUAAGAGGUUGUUGUUUAAGAAACAACUUUGUUGUUUAAGAAACAGAUGUGGAAUGUAUUUGCCCAUACUCCAACCAUAACAACUGCAGUUCUGCCUUAUGAAGCUCGGCAUUUAGGGUAAUUGAAGUAUAACCCUUACUAACUCUGAAUUAGAGGGUAAAGCUAUUUCAGAGACCCCCUACACCCUUGUUGGAUAAUCUUUCUUCUGGACUCACUACUUUAGCCAGAAUUUGAUCAAAUUAAAAGUCUGUCUUGGGGAAACAGUAUAUUUGAGAGCAAAGAACAAAUUAUCCUUCCUCUUUCAUAUUACAUUAAUAAAACAGACCUUGACAGCCAUUUCUCCCAGCAGUUUUAAAGGAUAAACAUUGGAUUUCAUGCCAUCCUAUGAGAGAAAGCCUGCUUUUAAGAUUUUGGGGGUCUAAACUUGGUCAUAAACAAAAAAUAUGUUUCUUAGACAUUUCAGACUCUCAUGGUUUGUGCACAAUGCCCAUUUUUACUUGUCUGUUUUCUUUCCUGUGUUCCUAAAUCAUCCAAAUAAGCCCCAAAACCUUAAAGGAUUUUACUUUCUUGAAUGUGGUUGGCAUUAAAUUGAGCAUUUCAUUAUCUAACAAAGUUAAUAUAAAUACCAGGAAAAAGUAAAGUAUGUUUUAAUCCUCCCAUCCCCCUAGAUCCAGAUGAAGAUUCCAGCAUCAACAUCAGUGGAUUCAUGAAAGUAAAUUACUCCUGUCAUUUUCAGUUUAAUUUUAGACAAGAGACAAAUGAGUGUAAGGGCAGCUAUUAUCACUUCCUUAAAAGCAUAUGGUUAUUGCCCUUUAAUAAACCCCUUUUGUCAUCUGCUCUUCUGCCAUGUACUGUAAAUCUUCACUCCUACCUGUUGGGAUUCCAGUAGAUUCUAUUAAAGUUACUGUUACUGCCAAAAUUCCAUCAACUAUUUGUUAACUGACAAAUAGUUUGUUCAUAAAGGAGUUUAUUCCAUUUUUAUUCUGACAGGCUUCCAAAUUUUUUCCCCUUUCCAAAUAGAGAUUUUUUUAAUGAAAAAUCAUACAAAGUUCUGGCUUUUGUUGUUUUUUUUUUAAGUUUUGCCAAGCAUGUUCUUUGACCCAAAACUGAAGAGGAAUAGUUUAAUUACCUCUUUUUUGUUUGUUUGUUGUUUAAAUAAAUUGAAUCAUUUAUAAUAAUCAGUGGUAACAAUUUAGUGAUCCAUAAUAGGUUAAAGGUUGCAUUAUUUAUACUAUGGAUUUUUUUUUUUCUAUUUUGUUUUUGUACUUUAAAACCAUGGGGGAAAUAUCACUGGUCUGUCUAGAAAUAACAGUAAUUAUUACUGAGUUAGAGAAGUCCAGUGGACCAGUCAUUUCUUGUACAAAUAAAACUGGUGGUACUAAUGUGUAUCCAGAACAAUUUGAAUUGUCAACUUCAUUUCCUAUUAUUAGUAAAACUCUAUAAUGACACACAUAAAAUCUUACAGUUGACUUUUGGUAUUUGAGCUCCCCAGUGUUUUUAUUUCAGUGUAUCCUAUGGCCAACUUGGUCUUUCUUCAACUGUUAUGAUCCUAGGCCCUAAUCAGUAUUAUUUUUUCAUAGAUAAUGUAAUGUUAGAAUUUGUUCCUUUUCUGCUGUGUUUGUCCUGUUAGCAUAGUCUAUUCAAGAAUGACAAGACUUCUGUAAUUUUCAGCCUCCCAUGACAGAUGCUCAAAUAAGUAUUGAAACACACAGCUUUAUGUUACUUCUAAAGCUGUAAAGAGAAAAGAGGGCUUUUCCUCAUCAAGAGGAAGAGUUUGGGAGACAAUAUACGUCUAAAUUUUUCUCUUUGAAAAAAAGGCAAUGUACAUUUUUUUUCUUCUAAAUUUUAUAUGCCCUAGCAGUUACCAAUGCUGUGUCCUAUCUAAUAUUUUGUUGGAGACGUCUGUACUCUGAAACUCUCAGAACUCUUAGGAAAUUAACAUCACAGGGUCAUUUUAAAGGAGCAGCAAUCUAACCAAAGGUAAAACUUUAUCUGAUUUUAGGUUUAGAAAUUCUAGUCUCAUUUUACCUGAGAACCAGUUUAUUAUCAGUUUAAAUACACCCCAAAGGAAUGAAAAGGAAGUAUAAAUAAAAGAAUAAAGUUCAUUGAUGUGUGUAAUGAAAUUAGAAGACCAAGAAAAAAUGGCUUAUUUCCUACUCACAAAUGUGCACGUGUACUUAAGCCUGCCUGUGCCAUUAAAAUGGAAUGAAUAGUUGAUGGUUUCAUGCCAUACAGAGAGACAACAGAAUGACCAAAAAUUAAGUCAUUGUUAAUUGGGUUAUAAUGGGAAUUUUUGGACCCUUAAAGAAGGAACAUGAGACCUUGUCUCUAGGAUCCAUGACUCACUCAAAUUUUCUACAUGAGAGUUUUAAGAUUUCAACAGAUUUUACUGGAAGUAAGUUGUUAAUACAUGGUAUCCUUUCAUCAUCGUUUGGCCAAAGUACAUUCAUAAUAAUGAGAAAGCAGUUCAUCCUUUCUUAACAGGUGAAAGACAAGUUAAGUAACAUCACUGAGUUGUACAGGCACCAGAUUAACAGACAUGUAUUGGAAAAAAAAAUAAAAUAAUCGUGGAGUUAGCAGAGAGGAACAGGAAGAUGUUGGAUCUUGGCAGCAGGAAGGAGGGCAGUUAGGAUAAGUGUGUGAGCUCAGUGGCAUUGGUGAUGCCUUGCUGUUUCUCCUCAGUGGUUAUGUUGCUGGUAGGGACCUGUCUUUAUUUCCCAUCAUUUUUCAUUACUUCCAUUUAUGCCUAAAUGCAAUUUUCUAAGCAAGGACUAUGAAAAUUUAUUAGUCUAAGGAAAAUAAUUUAUAAAAUAACCAUAUCCAUGGCAUUAUUUUAUUUAAAAAGUUAGUAUUCUCUGAAGUGAUUAUGCUUUGUUGGAUAAACAAAUUUCAGAUUAUGGUUCUCCUUCAUUUGCAUGAAAUUUGCCUGUCUCAGAAAAUAAGUACUUCUUGCUAUAUAGCAUAUUUAAAUUUUUUAACUUAAGAUUGCGUCUCAGAUUUUUUAAAAAAAUCAUGUUGAAUCUACGGCCUUUUCAACUACAAAAUCGUCACACUUUUUUCAAACCUAGUAAAAAAGCCAGCAUUAUACAUAUAAGAGCCAUAGUCACUAGGUUAAGACAAUACAAGUUAUGGUAGAGCUUCAGAAAAUGGUGAAGAAGAAUCAAAUUUACCAGCUUAGCUCAUUUUAUGAUGCAUAUAAAUUUUAUUUCUUGGUUAUGAUGAUUAGGAGAGUUAAAGAGAGUUAAAAUGAGAUUUUAUAAAUUACUUAAACACAUUUCUGCAUUUCAGGUAUCAGUCUUGAUAGUAAAUCUUAAAAGCUAACUUUCUGCAUUAUAUCUUCAGUCUACAAUGUCAGAGCACAGUGGUAAUGUGGGAUAGAACUGAUUAUAUUAGAGCAUAAGAAAUUUGUAAUAGUGCUACAAACCAAUAAUUUAACUGGCAUUAAAUCACAUCUACUCACCACAUGUGAGAAAGUAAAAUCAUCUCAUUAGAUUGGGAAGAGCUUAAUUUAAGUGAUAUGAGAAAUUUGCCUGGGAAUGGAGAUGAGCCUGCUGAUUGGGAUAGUUCAUAAUGGCUUUUCUUAUAUGAAUUGGCAAAACUCUGAUAACUGAGUUGCCCCUUAAAAAAAUCUUCCAGAAUAUAUUUGCAUACUUGUGGUGGAAGAGGAAGUGAGAGGAGCAAGAUGAGAGUUUCCCCUGAAGUGAAGAGAAUCAUUAUACUAAUUUUCAUUUGAAGUAUGUUUCCUUGUGGCAGACCAUUGGUUUAUUUUAUUAGUGUAUCAAAGCCACCUUCGGGUUUUUUUAUGGUGCCAUCAACCUAAGGAGGACAAUCAAACACCAAUUGUUUGCCUUGGAUCUAGUGUGUCUGCUAAUUACAGUCUCAUCUUGUAUACCUUCAAACCAGUUACUUGACUAAACUUCCACCAUAUUACCUUAGUAAUUCUUCUAUGCCCUUUCCUCUGUACCACCAUAAACCAGAGGGGAGGCUUACUACCAGAAAGGUGUGAACUUCUAAGAAAGAGUAAGGAUUCCAUCUCACUACCCAAACUUCCUGAAGUUCCUACCCAGACUUCCCUGAUUGUCCUGUAGCAACACCAGCAUGGUGGGAAUAGGGAGAAAGAUUGUGAGGAAUCCUGAAAGAAUCUGGUAAUUGAUCAUGACACUGUUAUUCUUUUGAACUGUAAAGUGAAAUUGUGAGCCACUCACAUUUCCAAAAAGAGCAGAAUUCAAGCUUUAUCACAUUGUUAAGAUUAAUUUCUUGCUAUAUUCUGGAUUAGCACAGAAGCUUGUAUCAAGACUAUUUAGGAGGGAAGUAGGGUGUAAAAUGUAUCUGUCUUUUCAAACCCUCUCCUUCUACUCACGUUUCCUUCACCCCCUACCACAUUGUGUUGGUCAAAUGAUACUAUUCUAUGAAACCCUGAGCUAUAGUUGUCAAAAGUAACUUUGGAAUGUGAUUAGUCCUCUGUGGGUGCUUCUUUCUAUCUUUUUUCCCCCUGGCUUUCUUUCUUACUCUCUCCACUCUGGUAAAUGGAAAAGGUGACGUCAAAGAAUUGAUGCUUGCUUGGACUCAUGUUGUAUCUGUGACUAUGCUAUUAGCUGUCUCCUUUUUCCUUCUUAUAUGGGUAGAAUUCUUACGACGUGUGGAGUUCCCUUCUUGAUAAGUAGGUUAAAUGCACAAUGUGGUACUGUUUUAUAGUUUCUAGAUGGUUGUAUAAAGCAAAAAGUUAAUGUGGUUAUGUGUUUUUAAAAGAAAAUAAGUGAUUGGUUACAAACUCUGUCCUUUUUUCAUUAUUACAAGCUCUGUUUUCCAACA